GACCAGAAGUACCGUACCGUACCGUACGAUACAGUCCACGACUACGUACUGCAGCGUGACAAAUAUUAUUUUUUUAAACAAAAAUCUAGCGUUGGGUAAGUAAAGUACAGUACUGUAUUGAUUUAUGAUAGUUUCAACGUACAUAUGGUACCGUACAUUACAACUGUAAGUGGGUGCGGUAUCGUAGGGUAUGUACUGUGUACCGCCCAUUAAACGAUCAUACUAAAAUUAUGAAGUUCAGUACUGUACGUACUAGAAAUGAACUAAAUAUAUCACGACAUACGUUUCUUCCUACUGUACGAUUCAAGGCAGGUAAAGUACUACCGGUAAAUUUAUGACCCCUUGCCUGAGUACAAGAAGCUUCGCGUAUCGUCAUCAUGUGGUCUUUUUCUCUCCCAUGGUUUUCUCGUUCCUGGAUUCCUGAAAAUCCAAAUAUCCAUAUCGGUACUUGUACAUCAUGACCCCUGACUUAAAGGACGUAAAGAAAGUACGGUACUCGUACUUUACCGUUAGCCUAACGGUACAGCCGGUAUCAAGCUCUGCUUGUAAGAUUAUCUACUGGUAUGGGUAAACGAAUCGAACGGUAUCGUACGAUGGUAUGGCUCCGAGCAGAACAUACAGGGUACUACGGUUGCGUACUUCKUAUGGUGGUACUUACAUACUAUCGGUAUGUCGGUAUGUAUUGUCCCGGGCGUGAUUUCCAUAGCAUUCAAACAGUCGUUCUCAGAUUGAUUCUUGUGCACUCGUAACAGAAGCAUACGGUGUCRCACUCAUUCCGAACGUAUCGUGUCCUUGCCAUCGCAACCCAUCCAUACGCACAAUUCCUUAGUAUCGUAGAURCCGUUAUCAUGAUUGAGGUGCUUUUGAACGACAGGCUGGGAAAGAAAGUGCGCGUCAAGUGCAACGAAGACGAUACCAUAGGGGAUUUGAAGAAACUCGCUGCAGCCCAGCUUGGAACACGCCCGGAAAAAUUGAAGAUUCAGAAAUGGUAUACCGUCUACAAAGGUGUGUGGUAUUUUCUUYUAGAAGGCUUGCAGUGCCGAACGCAUGUGUCCGGGUGGUGGAGAAAUGCRAUGGGUGGUAUCCCCGCCUCGACACGGACAACAUUYGACAAGAUAAUUGCACCAGCGACUCACUGACCAUGUCAUGAUUGCCAUUUUUUCAUUGCAMCCUUUGCCGUCGAAAACAGAUCACAUCUCGCUGGAAGACUACGAAAUCCACGACGGGAUGAGCCUCGAAUUGUAUUACCAAUGAUGGACGGGUUUUGUUCCAUUCUAUAGACGAGGGGAAUCUAGAAAUAAUUCUUGGAAAUUUGU